AUUAACAGAGUCAGGUGAGAGAUAGUUGCCCUCCCUGUCAAUCUACUACUCACUACUUGUGGCUUCAAAGUUCAGUUCACUGCUUCACUGAUCAAGCUGCAAGAAGGAGCUCGGGUAAAAUCAUGACAGUCUCUACAUCUUGGAACCGACGCUUUGCUUAGGCUAGGAGCUCAGAAGAGGACAUUGUGAGGAUGUCUGAGUCGGCAGAUGUAGACGAGUAUGAGCAUGGACGCAUUCGGGAGCUGCAGCAGCAGCGCAUGGCCGUCCAGAAAAAGACUUACACUAAGUGGAUGAACAGCGUCUUCUCUAAAAAUGGGGAAAAAGUUGUCCUGGAGGAUGUGUACACAGAGCUCAAAACUGGGGUCCAUUUAGUGCGACUCUUGGAGCUCAUCUCCAGGGAGAAGCUGCCAACUCCCAGUCGACGCACACUGAGAGUACACUGCUUGGAGAACAAUAGCAUUGCGAUAAACUUUCUCAAAACUAAGAUCCGAGUAGACUUGAUUGGACCUGAGAACAUUGUGGAUGGGGACAGAACCCUAAUCCUGGGCCUCAUCUGGAUCAUCAUUCUUCGUUUUCAGAUUGGAGCGAUUAAUCUUGAUGAGGACAGUGGUAAUGCCAGCUUAGCACGGCGUUCAGCCAAGGAAGCUCUUCUCAUAUGGUGCCAACGGAAGACUGCUGGCUAUAACUAUGUGGAUGUUCAGGACUUUUCCAGCAGCUGGAGAGAUGGACUGGCCUUCAAUGCGCUCAUCCAUGCUCACCGGUCAGAUCUAUUUGAUUACAAUCGACUUCAUCCAGAUGAAGCAAGGAGGAACUUGGGACAUGCUUUUAGCCUAGCUGAAAGUGAAUUUGGCAUCAUGCAGCUACUUGACAUAGAUGACAUAGUGGUUUCACAUCCUGAUGAGAAGUCCAUCAUGACUUAUGUCUCACUCUACUACCACUACUUUUCAAAAAUGAAACAGGGGAAAACCAUCCAGAAGAGGAUAGCCAAGAUUGUAGACCUCCUGAAAGAGCUGGAUGACAUGAAAAGAGAAUAUGAGCUCAUGGUCUCUGACCUACUGCAAUGGAUCAGGACCAAAAUAGUGAUGCUAGAUGACCGUUCUUUCCCAAACUCCCUGCCAGGCAUGAAGCAGCUUGUGGCUGCCUUUAAGACAUUCCGCACUGUGGAGAAGCCCCCUAAGUACCAGGAGAGAGGUGCUAUUGAAGCCCACCUCUUCAACCUGCGUACAAAGCUGAUGGCAAACAAUCAGCGUGCCUAUGUCCCUCCAGAAGGCAAGACCUUAGGAGAUAUUGAGAGGACCUGGACCCUGCUGGAGAGGGCCGAGUAUGAGCGGGAGCGCUACCUGCAGAAUGCUCUCUUGAGGCUGGAGCAACUAGAGCAACUGGCACAGAAGUUUGGCCGAAAAGCAGCACUCAGGGAGGGCUACUUGGAGGACACAUUGCAGCUGGUUCAGAAGGAUGAUUUGAAGCGACUGGAGACUCUGGAAGAAGCCCAGGUUGCAGCCCAGAAAUUGGAAGCCUUAUGCACUGAUGUGUUAGCUCGUGAGCCUCGCUUUCAGGCUCUCAGUGAGAUGGCAGCCAUCAUUGAGAGGGAGAAUUAUCACAGCAAGGAACAAGUCAUCUUCAGGCAAAUGAAUAUCUCCAAAAAAUGGCAGGCUUUGCUCCAGCAGUUGCAUCAGAAAAGAGAUUCUGUUGGAGAUGUGGUGAACACACUUGCUGUCCUCAAGGACACAGAAUUAAUCUCUCUGGAUCUCAAGGAACUACAGGUCCAGGCAGAGUCUUCUGACCUGGGGAAGCAUUUACCAGAGGUGGUGGAUCUACUCCAGAAACAAGAACUGUUGGACACUAAGAUCAGCUCUCUUGGAGAAUCACUGAGUGCCAUCAGCAGUAGUGCCUUAAAAGGGAAACAUGUGGAUGUUUCACAGGUUCAGAGAAGAGUGAAAGAGCUUAAUAGCCAGUAUAACUCCAUCCUGACUCUUAGCCAGAACAGGAGGAGAGCCCUGGAAGGACAGCUGAAGCUAUUUGAGUUUUUCCAUGAUUGUGAAGAAGUGGAGAGUUGGAUCUAUGAAAAGUGGCUUCUUGUGCAAGCAGCAUCAUUAGGCAGAGAUCUCAGUCAGAUUGAACAAGCCAUUCAAAACCAUAAGACACUGGAAGCAGAAGUGCAGUCACAAGAAUCUCUGUGUUCCAAAGUUGUGUCCAGGGGUCAAGUACUGUGUAGAGGGAGACACCCGAACGAGAGAGAUAUCCAGAAAUGGAUCCGGACCUUGCAGAAACAAUGGCAGCAGCUUAGGGACCAAGUUACAAACCGCAAAAACAGACUGCAUGCAGCCAGUGUUAUCAAACAGUAUUUUGCUGAUUCAGCAGAGGCAAACUCCUGGCUUAAUGACCGUAAGCCCCUUCUAACCGAUGAGGAUUAUGGAAAGGAUGAGAUGAGCACCAUUGCCCUGCUCCAGCGUCACCAGAGACUGGAGAAGGAAAUGGGUGCAUAUGCUUCAGAGGUUAAGCGACUUGGUGAGCAAGCCCAGAGUGCUGCCCAGCUUGCUCCACUAACAACAGAACCUCAGCAGACCAAAAUGGUCCACUACAGUGAUUCAUCAGGAGAUGAAAGGGAGUCGGUGAAGGAAAAACGCUCCCAGGCCUUACCACAGACACAAGAAUUUAAGGCCAAAAUUAGGUUCAAAUACAGAGGGAUGAAAUUAACCUGGGAUCGGGGAGAAAUGCUGACAAUCCUCAGCAAAGAGAAAGACGAUAAAAUGCUUGUGCGAGAUAGUAAUGGAAAUGAACAGCUGGUGCCUUCUACAUACAUUACAGAGCUUUCUUCAUCUCAAGCUCCACCUGCACCUACUAAUGUAGCUCCAGAGAACCAGACUCGGAAAGUGAGCCGGCCACGCCGUACCCGCUCUAUGCGCCGGGGUACUGCUGAAAUCUCAACCUCGUCCUUGCCAGACCCUCAUUUCCAGAAAGACAACAUAGAAAAUACACAGAGCAGCUUAGAAAAAGAAUUUAACAAUCUCUGCCAACUACUGCAGUAUAAGAGAAAGAUCUUGGAUGAAACUGCUCGAUUACACCGGUUUUAUAAUGCCUGUGAGGAGUUUGAGUCCUGGAUGGAGGACAAGGAGAACAUUCUUAAGACUUUCAGCUCUGAUUCUGAUGAUACUGGGGCUGUUCAGGCCAAAUAUGAGAAUUUUCUUACAGAGCUGGCCAGUGGGAAGGGGCAGCUUGAUGACAUCACUAAAUUGGGUGAUGAACUUGUAAAAAAUCAGCACAGCAAGAAGAGAGAGAUUCAGUCCAGAUAUGAUCAGGUCACUCAGAGGUGGGAGCACAUACAAGCUCUUAAGGAUGAGAAGGCUCAGGAACUGCUCAGCUCAGCUGAUAUCAAGUCCUUCUUGCAUACUUGUGAAGAUGCCAAAUCUCAGCUCAUGGAAAAACUGGUCCAGCUGGAUACAUCUGGUGUGGGCACCUCAGCAUCAGCCCUGCAGGCUGAAGAACUGAGUCAGGCCCAAGCUGAAAGAGAGAUCGAAGCCCUCGAGAGGAAGAUAGAAUACCUAAAGAGUGUGGCCAUAAUGAAGCGUGACUGUAGCCCUGCAGAGAGUGCUGCUAUCAUGGAGGAGGUCUAUGCUUUAGAAGAGUUGCUGCUGCAGGUCAAGGGCCAGGCUGCAAAAAGGCAAAGCAUUAUAGAGGAAGCUCAACGCCUACAACUCUUCAAAAAGGAGUCUAGAGAUUGGAUGCUGUGGGCAAAGGCAGUGGAAGAGCGCUUGCUUGAAGAAGAGAACAGCUCUGAUAUUGCCUCUGCUCAAGCCUUGUUGAAUGAAAAUCAGGAACUGAAGCUAGAGAUUGAACAGCAGAGAGCAAGGUUGAAAAGCAUGGAGAAGCUGGCCAGAUCUUUGGAAGCAUCACCUGGAGGCAAGGAUAUCCAACAAACACUGGAUCAAUUGACCCAGGAAUGUAGCAGGCUGGACAAACUUUGGUCCAGUCGAAACAAGCAGUUAGAGCAAGCAUUUCAACUCCAGAAGUGGAACAAAGAGGCAGAUCGAAUAGAAGCUACAAUCGCUGGUCAUGAAGCCAGAUUAAAGGUCAAAGAACUAGGGGACUCUGUGGAUGGUGUUCAUCGUUUGCUUGGCCGCCAAGAGGAGCUUGAUGGUUUGCUAGUAGCUCUUGACCAAAAUAUAAGUCUUUUUCAAGACAGAAGUCAGGAGCUGAUUGACCAAUGCCACUUUGCCUCCAAACAGAUUCAGCAGCGAUCACAAACCAUUGAGGAACGAAACAAGAAGCUUAAAGACAGCUGCAAACAAAGAAAUCUCGAAUUACUCGCUUCCAAAACAUACCAGGAAUUUUACAGAGAUGCAGAAGAGCUACUAAUUUGGAUGGACGAGAAAUUUAAGAUAGCCGAGGAUGAAUCAUACAGAGACCCAACCAACAUCCUGCGCAAACUUAAAAGGCAUGAGGCAGCAGAGAAGGAGAUGCAAGCCAAUCGUGUCCGUCUGGACAGACUAAUUGAGGCAGGAGAAGAGAUGCUGUCUGAGGACCACUAUAACAGUCAGAGCAUCCGGAGAAAGGCUCGGCAAGUGCAAAGUAGAUGGAGUGAGCUUGAAAGAAAAAUGGAAGAUAGAGGGGACAAGCUAAGACAAGCUGGCCAACAGGAACAACUCAUGGAGUUACUUCAGGAUGCAAAAGUCAAAAUUGAGGAAAUUCAAUGGAUGCUGCAGCAUGCACCUAAAGGCCAUGACCUUCGCUCGAGUCGAGUGCUCCUGAAGGAACACAAGCAGGUUGAGCAGGAAGCUCAGGAACUUGCAGACAAAAUUAACUCCAUCGUCACCCAUGCCAAACACCUGGCCACAAACCAUUUUGACUCUCAGAGAAUUCUUCAUGAGACAGACAUGUACCUGAAACUGUUUAAGUCUCUAGAAAAGCCCCUGGAUCAUCGCAGAAACCAGUUAGAAGAAGAUGUGGCACUCUACAGCUUUUACCAUGAUGUGGACUUGGAACUUACUUGGAUUGCUGAACAUGAGCCUGUAACAGAUACCAGUAGCUAUACCAAAUCCUUGGCUGGUGCCAUCAGCCUCCUACAGAACCACAAGGAGCUGCAAGCAGAGGUUAACGCCCACAGGCAGUAUCUUCAGCGUGUACUGGACAGAGGCAGAGCCAUGGGCAAUCGGGAAGUGCAACAAAGGUGCAAGCAUUUGUCUACAGCCUGGGAAGAACUUGAGGAUGCUUGUGAAAAUCGCUCUUCCCACCUCAACAAAGCACUCACACGAGAACAGAUCUUGCUUGACUGUGCUGAAUUGGAAGUCUGCUUAUCUGAAACAUCAGCUUUGGUCAGCACUGAGUAUGGCAAAAAUGAAUUAGCCACACAGAGCCUCAUGAAGCAGCAUCAAAUUGUGGAGGGGCAGAUCGAGGUACUUUCUGCCCAGGUGGAUGAAUUAAAGUCUCGUGUGGACCAGGCUGUACAUGCAUGGGGUUUAGAGGAGGUUAAGAGACCUUACAGCCACAUUAGAACUCAGCUAACUGAACUACAGCACUCAGCAGCAGUAAGAGAGCAAAGGCUCCAGGAUGCCCUCCACUUACAUGAAUUUAAGCGAGAGUCUUCAGAACUGGAAGAGUGGAUAUCACAGGAGCAGCUACUUGCCUCAUCUGAUGACUAUGGCUCUGAUUAUGAGCAUGUCCUGCACCUGCAGAGAAGGUUCGAAGUCUUCCUGAAGCAGCUGGAUGUGGGUUGGGAGAGGAUGCGUUCAUAUCAAGAGAUGGCUCACAGACUCAUAAAGAACAACCAUCCUGACCAUCAGUUCAUCCAAGAAAAACAAAGGCUACUGAGGGAAUCAUGGGAUGUACUGCAGCAUUUGGCCAAAAGUCAUAAAGAGAAUUUGCAUAAAUCUGAGGAAUGUUACAAGGUCUACAAAGACCUGACUGAUGCCCUUGGACACAUAGAGGACAGGUACAAGUGCAUUCCUGACGAUAUCGCCAAAGAUCUGCGGGGGGUUGAGUUGCAGCUAAGGAAACAUGAAGCACUAGUAAAUGAGCUGGUGGGAAAUGAGCUGCAGAUGCAGGAGCUACUGGAUAUUGCAGACUCCAUUUUAGACCAGUGCUCGCCAGAACUAAGAGGAAAGAUUCAGGAGGAACAGCAAAUGGUGGUGGAAAGUUGGGAGAAGUUUCGCAUGUGUAUGGAGCAGAGGGAGCAUGAGCUACAGCUUGCCAAACAGCAUUACUUUUUCCUCAAGACAGUACAGGAUUAUUCUCUGUGGUGUUCUCAAGUACUGAGUGGCAUGAAAGCAGAGGAGUCUAUUCGCGAUGUGGCCACAUGUGACCUGCAGCUUUUCCAGCAUCAGCAGCUGUUGGCUGAGAUCGUAGCCCAUGAAGAGACAUAUGCUCAGGCUGUAGCUAUGGGUCAACAACUACUGGAGCAAGAUAUUCCCAAUCCUCAGGAAGUUGAAGACAGACUGAGAGCUUUGAAGGAUGAAAGAGAGAGGCUGACAGUUAAUUGGGAGUCCAAGCAGAAAUGGCUGGAGAACACCUAUCAGGAACAAGUGUUUUACAGAGACAUUGAAAACAUGGAAAAGAUCAUCAACUCCCAAGAGGUUCAGCUGAAAAAUAGUGAUUUGGGAUCAACGGUGGAUGAGACAGACACUCUAAUCAAACGCCAUGAAGCCUUCGAAAAACUUCUUAGUGCUCAGGAAGACAAAAUGGUUGCUCUUCACGAAUCAGCUGACCGUUUGAGCAAAGGAGAAAAAAGCAACUACAAAAACACACUGAACUCUCUCAGAGCACGAAGAGAACGCAUCAGAGAUCUGUCCAUGAAACGUAGGGAAGAACUUGAGCUCUCACGGCUUUUUUGCAUCUUCACUCGGGAUUCCUCUGAGGCUGAGGAAUGGGUGUCUGAGCGAAUGCAGAAGAUGCAGGAGGAUUCCAAAAUGGACCUGAGCAACCUUCAAGCCAAAAUGAAGCUACUGCAGAAGCACCAGGUGUUUGAAGCAGAGAUUCUGGCUCAUGACAAAAUAAUUGAAUCUGUCCAGCAGACAGGAGAAGAGCUGAUCUCUCUUCAUCAUCCAAAGUCCAGGGAGGUAAAACAAAGCAUCACUUCUCUGAUCUCUCACUGGGAAGCUCUGAAAGAUGCCAUCUCCACCCGGGGGAAAGUUCUAGAAGGCCACCGUGAUUUUCUUGAGUUCCUUCAGAAAGUGGAGCAGGUAGAGGUUUGGAUCAGACAGAAGGAGGUCAUGAUUAAUAUUGGGGAUCUUGGGGAGGAUUAUGAACAUUGUCAACAACUACUAAAGAAACUAAGUGAAUACAGAAGCUCCUGCCAUGGGGAUAUGACUGUAGAUGAUGCUCAUAUUAAGACCAUCAACAACCUGGCAGCUCGACUUGAGAGACAGAAUUGUGAUGAGAUGGCCACUGUAAAGAAGCGCAGACAACAACUGAAUGAGAGAUGGAAUAAAUUCCAUGGAAACCUAAGCAGUUAUAAGAGGAAGUUAAAAGAAGCAUUGGAGGUUCACUCUCUGAUCCGUGAUCUUGAGGAAGUCAGGGACAGGGCAAGUGAAAAGAUGCUGUUGCUGCAAGGUCAGGGCUAUGGAGAGGAUGUGGAGAGUGUAGAGAACCUUAUACGCAGACAUGAGGAGAUGGAACGAGAAGUUCGAGUUAUCCACGAGAGAUGCACUGUGCUGGAGAAAGAGACCAAAGAUCGAUUAAGAACUCAUUGUGAUCUUUCUGACAAGCUGAGUAAGAAGCAGCAAGAAAUAAGCAACACUUUGUUGAAGCUGGACAAGGAGAUGAAACUAAGGAAAGAAGAUUUGCAGGAGUCACACCAGCUCCAGCUGUUUAAAGCUAACCAACGUCUGUUGCUGGACUGGACACUGAAACAGACUGCAAAAAUGGGAAAGAAGGGCUUGCCAAAGAGUAAAGCUGAAGCAGAAAGCCUCAAAGUGGAGCACCAAGACUGGAAGGCAGAGAUAGAUGCACGUGGUGAGCGAAUUGAUUCAGUGAAGAAUUUUGGACAGAACCUAGUGAAGUCUAGUCAUAGUAAAACAGCAGCGAUCAAAAAGGCCCUAAGCAAACUUGAAGAUGCUAAAGUCAGCCUUAUUCAAGCAUGGGAGGAAAGGAAGAUAACACUGGACCAAGCUCUGGAGCUUCAGGUAUUUCUUGGUAACUUGGAGCAAAGUGAGAGUUUGUUGAGCAACAGAGAAGCUUUUCUGGCUAAUGAUGAUGUUGGGAGCUCCUUCUUAGAAGUGGAGGCUCUGCAGAGGAAACAUGCUUUGUUUGAGAACUCCCUAGAAGCUGAACUACAACUGGUAGAAGAUGUGGAGAGAUAUGCUCAACAACUUACACAGGAAAAGCAUUAUGACUCAGACAACAUCACAAAGAGGAGCAAAGCAAUUCAGCGGAGAAAGGAAAGAUUGCUGGAGACAAGUAAAGCCCGGCAAAAAGCUUUGGAGGAAUCAGGCCAGCUACAAAAAUUUUUGGAAGAUAGUUAUGAGGUGUGCUCAUGGUUGAAUAAGAAGAAAUCAGUGGCUCAGGAUGAGAGCUGGAGAGAGCCCAUCAAUUUGCAAGCCAAGAUACUGAAACACCAGAGUUUUGAGGCUGAGAUCCUCGCCAACCACAACUGUAUAGAAUCCCUAACAAAGGAAGGAGAGAAGAUGCUAGCUAGUGGUCAUCCAGCCAAGGACAAAAUAAAACCCAGAAUAAUGGAUCUCAAUGAAGGCUGGGAGCAGCUCUUAAUCAACUGCAAGGAGAAGAAAUCACGUUUACAGGAAGCAUAUAAGGCCUUGCAGUUUCUACGCUCCUUGGAUGAUGUUGAGGAAUGGCUAGAUUCAGUUGAAGCUGAGCUGGGUCAGACAGACUGUGGGGAGGACCUGGCCUCAGUCAGCAGGUUACUAAAGUCUCUACAAAGCUUGGAGGAAGUGGUGGAUGGACAUCUGGAAAAAGUCCAGAAUCUGGUGGACACAGCCAAAGAUCUCAGCUCUCAAGGAAAUUUUCAGGCUAGGGAGAUCCAGCAACAAGUUUGGCAUAUGGCCAACAGGUAUAAUGGUCUGGCUGAGCCUCUGCAGACUCGUAGAGAUACUCUGGAAUCAUGGCAGCUACUGUUUCAGUUCUAUCGGGACAUCGAAGAUGAAAUGGUAUGGAUUCAGGAUAAGCUACAGGCAACAGCUUCAAAGGACUUUGGCACUUCACUUGAAAGCACACAAGCAGCAGUCAAAAAAUACCAGGUGAUGACGCAGGAAAUCGCAGGUCGUACCCCUCUGGUGCAGGCAGUACUUGAGGCAGGACGGAACUUGAUAAGAGGGAGACACUUUGCCUCACAGGAGAUCAGUGAAAGACUGGCUGAUCUAAAGGAGCUCUUUGACACAUUGAAAAAAGAGUCUGAGAAUAAAGGCCACCUGCUAAAAGAAGCCCUGAAAAUCCAGACCUUCCUCUCAGAGGUGUCUGAGAUCGAGCUGUGGAUGGAGGAGUUGAAGCCAGUCCUGGAGUCCAGAGACUAUGGGAAAAAUGAGGAGGCCACAGAGGCACUCCUCAGGAAGUUAGAUGCAGUGGACUUGGAGUUAGUCAACCAGCAUGUGAAAGUAAAGUCCCUGCAGGAGACUGGGGCUGAUAUGGAAAAGUGUGGCCAUCCCAACAGCCAUUUGCUGAGCAAGAGUGUCACAAAUAUGGAAAAGCAGUAUGGAAAUCUGCUGCAGCUGUCUUCAGAUUACCGUGCAUCAUUGGAGGAUCAGUACAAUCUCUAUGUGUUUGAGAGAGAGACCAGAGACCUCAAAAGCUGGCUUAUCUCUCACAAGACCCUCGCACAGUCAGAUGAUUUUGGCCAAGAUCUUGAAGAUGUGGAGACCCUGCAGAAAAAAUUUGAAGAUUUCACCAGUGAAGUCAACACUCUGGGUCAGAACAAACUGACCACAGUUCAAAAGCUGAAACAGCAAGUGAAAUCGUCAGAAGCUGAGCAGAGAGAGAAAGAUCUAAUACAUUUAUGGGAGGAGUUACAAAAGGCUAUGGAAACACGAGCAGAGAAUUUACAAUCAGCCCAUGAGGUUCACCAGUUUGACCAUGACUUGGAUGAGCUGAAGAGCUGGAUAAGUGAGAAGAAAAUUAUGUUGGACUCAGAGGACAUGGAAAACGACCUGAUCAGUGUUCAAGCUCUUAUUCGACAGCAUGAAGGCCUUGAGAGAGAUUUGGUGGUGAUAGAAGAGGAUAUGCAGCGCAGAAAAGAAGAGGGUAGGGCUCUGGUUAGACGCUGUCCCCAGGUGAGGGAAAGUCUGUCUGAGAGAAUGCAGGAGGUGGAAGAAAACUGGGAUAGCCUCCUGGAGAAAGCUAGCCAGUGCAAACACAGACUUCAGCAGAUCAUGGCUGUCCAGAGGUAUCUUACUGACUGGAGGGAGCUCAUGGCAUGGCUCAGGGAGUCACUGUCUCUGGUAACAGGAGAGGGACUCAGAGGUGAGGUCAAAGACUUGGCACAGCUAAUAAAACGGCACGAGGAGUAUCAUACCCAGAUUGAGCGGCAACUUGACAAAUCUGAAAUGGUGAAAAAUGAAGGGAGGCGUCUAAUGCAGGAAAGAAACUUCAUGAGUGAAGAGGUGGAGGAGCGUCUAGCAGAGCUUCAGGAUAUGGAAGUCCUGGUUCUACAGGGCUGGGCUGAUAGAAGAGAUUUGUAUCAGGAGGAACUGGAGCUGCAGCAGUUGCAGAGAGAGCUGGAGCAAGCUGAACACUGGCUGAACACAUAUGAGAAUGUGCUCACUGCCAAAGAUUAUGGGGACUCUGUUUCAGAUGUUCUAGAGCUAAUGAAAAAACAGGAGGAUCUGGAAGCAAUGAUACAAGCUCAGAGUGACCGAUUUAACACCUUACACAACAGGAAAACUGAGAAAGAGCAGAGGCUGCAAGAGACUUAUGGAGAAGAUAGUGCUUCCAGGAAGAAGCCUUUCCGUGUGAAUUCUCUCAAAAGAAACCAUUCUGAUCAUCCUCCCUCAGUUUCUCAGCCUUCUGUAGCCAAACACAUCAUUAGAAGAAACAGCAGUGGAAGGAGAGAGGGUAUAAAACUGACCUCUGCACAGCUGAGGAGAAACAGCAGUGGCAAGGGUGACAGUUCUUCUACAGCUCCUCGAGUGGCAUCUAUGCUCCAGAAGACCACCAGCAACAGUGGCGAUAACAUAACCUCCAAUACACCCUCUGUUGACUCGUCCCCUGACUCUUCUCAGUCACAAAACACAUCUCAUUCAAGCCUUGUUUACAGACCCCAUCUAGUUCCCAGCACAAAUUCUGACCACACAUCUAUACCUGAAAAUGAAGUAAAUACCUCAGGUAGCAUAAAUCUUUCCCACAAAUCUUCCCCUCUUGACCACUCCACAGAAGUGAAUUUGUCAAUUUCAAAUGAAGUGAUUAAUGUACAUCCUCAAUCUAUAUUUCUUGAAUCAAAUAAAGUGAUUGACGAAACUCCUAAAUCCAUACGUUUUGAAUCAAAUGGAGAGAGAGAGUUACCUCCUAAAUCCCUACAUUUUGAAUCAAAUGAAAAGAUAGAGGAACCUCCAGAUUCCAUACACCUUGAAUCAAAUGAAGAGAUUGAGGAACCUCAUACAUCCAUACAUCUUAACGCUCCUGUAGCCAAGCCCAGAAAACUUGCAGCAAUCAAUACUGUUUCACUAGUGAGUGAACUUCCUCCACUUUUCUCCACCUUGACACCACCAUCACCUCCACAAUCUUGUCCACCAUCACCACCCACAUUGAGGAAAUCCACUGAGAAAGCUAAGGAUUUUACGGAGGAAGCUUCCGAAGAAUCAUCUCCUCUAGCUAACAGGGUCAGAGCAGGCUUGGUCAAGAUGGAGGGACCACUGGAUAUUAAACUGAAACAAGGAGGAAUUAAAGGUGUGGAUCACUGGGAAACUGUCUAUGCACUACUGGAAGAAGAGACACUGAAUUUGUUUAACAAUCAGAAUGCUGCUGGAGAGAACUGUACUCGAUGGCCACCUCUCACUAUGGCUGGAGCAAUUUGUAGAGAUAACCCAUACUACAGGAGAAAGAACUACACCUUCAAACUGAUACUGAAUGACGGCAGUCACUACCUCUUUGCUGCACCUUCUCAAGAGGAACAGCAGAAGUGGUUGGAGGAGCUGCAGAACUGCACCGGUCAGAGGGAUGUCUCAGAGAAUACUGGGCUACACAGAGAAGAAAAGACAGAGACAAUAAAGCAUCAUGUCUCAGAAUUAUUGGAUGAACCGGAUACACAAGUUUCUACCUUAGAGCUGGAAAAAGAUUCCACAGAGAGUUAUGAGAAGGAGAAGGAACCACCUCCCAAGCCCCCACACACAUACUACAACAAACAUCGUUACCCAGAUGGAGGAGAGGGCAAGGACUCAGUGAGUUUAAGAGGUCUGAGGAAGAACCAACCCCCAUCUUUCCCUCCACCUCUUCCCCCACAAAACCAGCAGGAGAGCGGAAGCAAAGAAAAGUCUAAAAACAAGAAUGUCUUCAAAAAAUUAUUUAAAAUAUAAUUUAUACUGUUCAGUAAAAAUUGUCUUACCCAUCAAAAUCCACUCAUUGAUGGUGUUUCAUUGAUGACUAGGUCUUCUUACAAGACAUGUAACGGGAACAAUAAUAGCUAUACAGAAUCACACUAGUUGUUAUAGUCAUUAUUCACAAUAGUCAUUAUUACUUUUUAACUGUAAUUUUGUUUCUAUAUACAUUCUGCACAUUGACUGUAAGUAAUGCCUAGGGUUAAUUUACUACAAAUUUAAUUCCACCUAACUGGAAUUCAGAUCACUCUUAUACAUUAGACUACUUAGUGUACACUGAAAUGAGUGCUGUGUAUCUUAAUUCUUCCCAUUAAAUGUUAAUGAAAGAAUAAACCUAUAGAAGUUCGCUUGUUGAUUUAGAUUUUACUGAUUUAGAUUUUUACUGAUUUAGCUUGUUGAUUUAGAUUUUAUCAGUUAUCUCUUAAGAACAAAAGCCUAAUCAUUGUGAACGUUCCACAUGCAUGCUACAAUCCUAUAUGAUUAAAUAAAGACUCAUAUAGGACUUGUGAAUAUGUUACAUUUUUCAUACCUUAACUAGUAAAGUAAACUAUUUAUGCUAUUGAACAGCAGCCACCCCUUUUGUGACAAAAUGCACUUUUAUUCCUUAGUGUACCCUCUGGCACCACACGUUUUAAUGUUUCUCUUGCUCCCAAACACCGGAUUUAAAUAUUCAGGAAAUUAUCACCCUUUUGUGAGUUCAUUUAUAACAUUACAGUGUGUGGGACAAGAGGUAGGGGAGAUCCUGCAUGAUUGUAACACAUUUGUCAGUGUUGAUUUGUUUAAAUCAAUAUACAAAAAAAACACUUGUCUUUGCCCAUCUGUGAAAGAAGAAACAAUCAAACAAACAAAAGAACAAAUAAAGGUAUAAUUGUCCACACUUGUUAGAGAUAUUUGUGGGGGGAGAAACAUUUGUGCACCUAAACUAGAAGUAUUCUUCUAAGUCUGUGCUGUUGUUUUCCUAGGUCUAUGUUUGCAGUGUGCGAUGUACAAUUUCACAUCACCAAUUUCACUGCAAGGCUCUCAGACUGUUAAGAGUGGCGACAAGUGGCAGCACUGUUGUUGUUUUUUUGCCCUCCUCACAAUGAACAAUUAAUGCAGAAUUCAUAAAGAAGUUAUCAUAUCUGUAUAUUCACUUACAUUUAUGACUCCAGUACUAGCUAAUAAUCUGAGAUAAGACACAGAAAACCUGUUAUUAGUUAUGGAGCAGUCCAAAAUAUGGUAUUGCUAACGUUAUAUGUUGUUGUUGCUGUUGUCCUUUGGCUGCUCCCUUUCCGUGGUCGCCACAGUGGACCACCCGAUCCGCAUAUUUGAUGUGGCACUGCUUUUACACCGGAUGCACUUCCUGAUGCAAACCUCCUAUUUUAUCAGGGCUGAUUCCGGGGAAUUUAAACCAGGUCACAGCAGUGUUAUAUGAUAAAUAUAUAAUGUGUAUGAUAAAUAUCUAAUUAUUUAAUAUAACCUUUUUUUCCAAUACAUUUGAAUUUCCAAUACAUGGAGUCUAUCUCAGCCAUACUUUUGGCCUUAAUUAAUAUUAGCAAUUAGCGUUAAAAAAUAUUUUUACCAGGCCAAAACCCACUACAUAUAACA